AUGGCGGACAUCAGAAACGCCCAAAGGCGCGUGGCUGAGUCAGAAUUCACAGGCUACAGGGCGAGACAUCCGCCAUUAAACCCUAAAGAAGAAGAAGGCUACAGGGCGAGACAUCCGCCAUUAAACCCUAAAGAAGAAGAAGGCUACAGGGUGAGACAUCCGCCAUUAAACCCUAAAGAAGAAGAAGGCUACAGGGUGAGACAUCCGCCAUUAAACCCUAAAGAAGAAGAAGGCUACAGGGUGAGACAUCCGCCAUUAAACCCUAAAGAAGAAGAAGGCUACAGGGUGAGACAUCCGCCAUUAAACCCUAAAGAAGAAGAAGGCUACAGGGUGAGACAUCCGCCAUUAAACCCUAAAGAAGAAGAAGGCUACAGGGCGAGACAUCCGCCAUUAAACCCUAAAGAAGAAGAAGGCUACAGGGUGAGACAUCCGCCAUUAAACCCUAAAGAAGAAGAAGGCUACAGGGUGAGACAUCCGCCAUUAAACCCUAAAGAAGAAGAAGGCUACAGGGCGAGACAUCCGCCAUUAAACCCUAAAGAAGAAGAAGGCUACAGGGUGAGACAUCCGCCAUUAAACCCUAAAGAAGAAGAAGGCUACAGGGUGAGACAUCCGCCAUUAAACCCUAAAGAAGAAGAAGGCUACAGGGUGAGACAUCCGCCAUUAAACCCUAAAGAAGAAGAAGGCUACAGGGCGAGACAUCCGCCAUUAAACCCUAAAGAAGAAGAAGGCUACAGGGUGAGACAUCCGCCAUUAAACCCUAAAGAAGAAGAAGGCUACAGGGUGUUAAAGUUUGCUAAUCGGAAGAAACGGAUAGAUUGGACUGUUAUUCGGGCUGGUUGUUGGUCAGAGUCCGGAAACACAAACAUGUUAUAAAUGGCUAAUUUCUGCUGUUGCGCUGGAACCUGAAUACCUGGAUGGCUGGAUAUCAGUCCCAAAACCUCCGGGCUCCAUGUGCCAGAGGAGCUGAUUGCAGAACCCUCCAGAUGUGAUUAGCUGUGUCCAGCUCUUCAG